AUGCCCGUCAAAGUUGCCAUUAUCGGCGCAGGCCUCAUUGGCCCUCGUCACGCCCAAUCCGUAAUCUCAAACCCCUCAACAGAGCUGAUUGCCCUCGUUGACCCAAUGCCCACUGGCGAAGCAACUGCAUCCAGCCUCAACACCAACUACUACCCCUCUGUGGCCUCACUACUUGCAUCCACCCACCGUCCCGACGCAGCAAUCGUGUGCACACCAAACCACACGCACGUCCCAGUCGCAAAGGAGCUCCUUGCAGGCGGUGUCCACGUUCUUCUCGAAAAGCCCGUCAGCGAUACCCUAGAAACCGGCCGCUCCCUACUGGAAUUCGCCCAAGCUCCAGAGCGCGCACACCUGAAGCUCCUAGUCGGCCACCACCGCCGCUUCAACCCCUACGUACGAGCCACGAAGGCAGUCCUGGACGCUGGAUCUCUCGGCCGCCCCAUCGCCAUCAACGGUCUGUGGACCUUGUUCAAGCCAGAUGCAUACUUCGCCCCGCCAACAGACUGGCGCGCAUCGAACGAACGCGGAGGCGGCGUCAUCCCCAUUAACCUCGUCCACGACGUCGACCUCAUGCACCACUUCUUUGGGCCUAUCGUGCGUGUGACAGCAGAGCGCACAUUGCCGCAGCGCCCAAGUCCACCACACAAUGCCGACGAAGGCGCCGCUCUGACGCUGCGUUUUGCAUCGGGUGUUGUAGGCACGUUCCUGGUCUGCGAUGCGACGCCGUCGCCACAUAAUUUUGAGACUGGAACGGGUGAGAACCCGCUCAUCCCGCAGUCGACGACUGGUGGUGACUCGGACUUUUAUCGCAUCUUUGGCUCGGAUGCUUCGCUCAGUGUGCCAGAUCUGACUCGCUGGAGUUAUGAUGCUAGCCCUGAAAAGAGCUGGAAUUCACCUUUGACUGUUGAGAGAAUUCCGCUUCCAGAUGAUAAUAUGGCACCUUUUGAUCUUCAGCUUGCGCAUUUUGUUGAUGUUAUCAAUGGGGAUGCUGUUCCUAGCUGUACUGGCGAGGAAGGUUUGCGUGCUUUGAUUGUUUGUGAGGCUGUUCAGAGAGCUAUGCGGUCGGGUCAGCCUGUGGAUAUUGAUGUUAACUUGUUGGCGAAGUCGAAUAACUAG